AUGGAACAGUCGACAACAAUGACUUCCGAACAAUCCUCCUCGCUCAAGAGACCUCGCUCGCCUAGCGAGAUCCCCCCCUUUCCCGCCGCCAAGGUCCCGAGGACCGCCACGAACCCGCUACAGAUUAACUAUCUGGCCCGACAACAUAAAGAAACUAUUCCGCUCGUUACUGUCAAUGACAAGCUUCCAGAGAUAGUUCGGCUUCUCAACGAAUACGAUGGGGUGAUACAACGCCAUGAGAGCAUGGCCGGCAACUUGGGUGCAUGUCCCCUCGGACCUAUCUUGCUCAAGCGAUUUGAAAGACUGUUCGAAGGCCCUCCCAGGGUCCUAAAGUCUCAUGCUAGAGAUUCCAAUAUCAGCUGGCUUGACGUGGUCGAGUUUGCCCAAAGCAACCCUAAACAAUUCAACUUGGAAAGAACUCGCAAUGGAGUGAGGGUUUGUCAGUUCUAUACUAAGCAGUGUCGAGUUGAGAUUUCAGAAGAAGACUACGUCCUCAUCGCCAGCGGUAUGCCGCAGAAGCUCAUCCCCCCACAGCCAAUCUUGGAGGACGAAGAGAAGGAACUCGGGGUCAUGGAUCUCUUGGAUCGAAACCUCGGCCAGGUCAUCCAGCUUGCUGAUCAAGUUUCUGGUCGAGCUCGACAACUGAUCCACAAGAUGAAGAAUCGACGGACGGCCAUCUUGAGCAGACGUGAGCAAGAAGCUGAGCUGAGAAGGAACAGUUUAAGAUCCGACGGAUCACCCAUCUCGCCCGCAGAUACCAAUGGAGUCAACACGGGCAAGCCUGUUCGAAGCAUCGAAGUCUCCCAGUCACCUCCUGUCGGAUUUACGGCGGUCAAUUUGAGGCAGACAGGAGAACAGGAUCCGCGAACCUCGGGAGCUUCCGGUGAAAUGACCAGAAAUCACACCGAUGAUCUGUAUGCCCCAUCUAACACAGGCAAUGUCACCAUCCUCAACGGGAAGUCAAUCAAGGACGCUUCACCCUCAGUGCGAGCCGAGAUGAUGAAGAAAUUCCUGACACCAAGUGAACGCGAGGCUGGUUUGACCGAGGAAACUGUCCGACGAUCCUCGUUAGAGACAGCCCGCAGUAAUGCCACGCAGGGGUCGUCGGCCGAGAAGCCUCGUUCUCGGUCCAUUGAACUGGCAAGUGGGAGCUCGGGGGGGAAAAAUCCACCCACUGUGGCCAUUCCCAAUACUCCGGCAUCUUUGAUGCCUCACUUGAAGCCAUCCACGUUCGAGAGGGAUGAUGGAGGGCCGUUCAAGUCGGAAAUGGUGCGCAGAAUGGACAACAUGUGGAAAGGAGACCGGGUAAUCCCGCCGUGUGACCGUUGUCGAAGACUACAUAUGGACUGCCUGAAGAAUCUAACGGCAUGUAUGGGCUGCACCAAGAAGCACGCCAAAUGUUCAUGGAAAGAAGUCAAAGCGUCCGAAUUGCAAAUGACCGCCAAGUCAACCUCCCCGGAGAGGGAGGCGGCACCGGUAUCUACAGUCCCAGAAAAUGCGCCUCCAUUGUCUGCCGGAUCCACCAUUGAAGUGACUCGGCCAUCGAAUGACUCGAUGCGAUCCUCUGACAUUGCUAGCGCUUCUUUGGAAUUGGCUGGUGAUAAUCCCGAGGCAUCGAAAGAGGAGAGCCGGCAUGACACAGACCUACCCCGAAAAAGUGAGCCUGUCCAAUCUGGUACCAGCUCGGCACGAUUCGAUGUCCGACCACCACCAUUGGUACAGCGCUCGCAUGACGCCGCGGAUAGACGAUCCCCAACAGCUCCAAAUUCAGUUGCUUCAACAUUCUCCCAUGACCAGGGGAAGGACCGCCAUCACAAUAAUGAUGAUGACGACGACGACAACGGGGAUCGAUUACAAGCACUUGCGGCGCGUGUUUAUCGAACGGCAUCUCAAAGCGGACAUCGAUCCUAG